CCCACUGCUUUCCGCCUCCCCACUGUUUUCCACCUCCCUAUUGCUUUCCUCGCUCGCUGUCGAUGUCGCUCCCACCCCACCUCCAUUUCGAUUUCGAUCAAGAACUAGAACACAAGAUGGAGUGCGAGGGGACUAAGAAGGUCGUGCUCGUCAUCGGGUCCACUGGCAUCGUCGGCUCUGCCCUCAUCAACCUGCUCCUGCUGGAGAACCCUAAAAACCCCGUGGGUUCAUGUAAGAAGGUCUACGCGCUCUCCCGCCGCCCGAUGCCACCCUGGUACAUGACUGCCUCCUCCUCCUCCUUCUCCUCCAACAACGACCCCAUACCCACCGUUAUCCACCUGCACGUCGACCUCGCUGAUGACGCCGCGGUCACCAAGGCCCUGGCACCCCUCACGGACAUCACCCACGUCUUCUACGUCACGUGGGCCCCGCGCCAUGGCUGGAGCAACACCGAGGCCCACACGGUUAACCGCGCCAUGCUCUCCAGUGUCCUCUCCGCUGUCAUCCCCAACGCCCCAGAUCUCAAACAUGUUGCGCUCCAGAGCGGCCGCAACCAGUCCGCCGACCCAUUCCAACCGCCUGUGAGGGGAGCCUUCGCCGAGGACGGGUGGCUCGGCCCCUUCUCCGAGGACCUCCCGCGCCCGGACUAUCCGGACCUUGAGGACGCCCUCAUCGACGGCAUCGCCAGCCGCGUGGGCGACGUCACCUGGUCCGUGCACCGCCCCGCCACCAUCUUGGGAUUCUCGCCGCGGAGCUCCAGGAACUUGGUCUCCAGCCUCUGUGUCUACGCCGCCAUCUGCAGCAAGGAGGGUGCCGUCCUGCGCUGGCCUGGGUCCCUCGUCGCUUGGGAGGGGUUCAGCGAUGCCUGUGACGCGUGGCUCAUCGCUGUGCAAGCGAUCUGGGCGGCCAUGAUGGCGCGCCCUAACGAGGCAUUCAAUUGUGGCAACGGGGACGUCUUCAAGUGGAAGCAGUUGUGGCCGAUUCUGGCUAGCUACUUCGGGGUGCCGUGGGCUGGGUACGAGGGGGAGGACCAGCGCUUCAAGCUAGAGGAGGCCAUGGUCGGGAAGGAGCCUGUGUGGGCGGAGAUCAUCAACGAGAAUGGGCUCGUUGAGACAGAGCUCGACGACAUCACCACCUGGUGGCUCGUGGAUGCCGUGGUCAAUGCUGAAAAGGAACAUGUGGAGACCAUGAACAAGAGCAAGGAGUUUGGAUUCCACAGCAUCUAUGAUACUGUCAGGUGCUUCGAUACAUGUAUCAGGAAGAUGAAGGCUAGCAGAAUUGUUCCCUGAUGCCUUUCUUUUUGGGGCUGCCAAUAGCUGGAAUGCAUCGUUCUCUAUGAACCUGGGGAGAGAGCGUUUAAACAUGGAAUGAUCAACUGAGAUUAAUAAAGUUUCUAUUUCCGGCAA